UGGAAAUAUCCUUUUUGGCUGAAUAUAAAAACGAAGAAUAGAUGAGUUGAAACGGCAGCACAAAACCAGAAAAAAAGAUCGCUUCGCUUUUUGGAUUGGAAUUCAGCGAAUUUUGGUUUUGAAGAUCCCCAGUUGAUAUCAGGGACUUUGGACUAGGUCUUCUUAGGUUUGUUACUCAGCCAGAUCAGAUUGAUGUACAAUGCAGAAAUCACGUAGGGCUCUUCUGCAACGAAGAGCUUUGGAGAAGGCAGUUUACGGGAGGAAUCGUGUUUAUAAAGUUUCUCUUUCUGCAAUUGCUGUUCUGUGGGCACUUGUUUUCCUUUUGAACUUGUGGAUCGGUCAUGGUGAUGUUAAUGAAGAUGGAGCGGGAGAUUUUCCUGUUUCUGUAACAUCAUGUGCUGAAAAUAAACCUCAAUAUGAUAGAGGCACUUGUGCUGCUUUGCCCAUGACUGAAAGUUCAUCACAGGAAAUCCAAGUUGAAGAUUCAGCCAAAAAUUCAUGUACACAGGCGGAGAAAAGUCAAGUUACCAAUGGAGUAUCACCGGAUGUUUUGCAUAACAGCCAACCUGUUCCUGCAAUUCAAGAACAAGCUAGCGCUUCAAAAUCUGACAGAUUUGCUCGUGCUGUGCCUCCAGGUCUUGAUGAAUUCAAAAACAAGGCAUUUAACGCCAAAAAUCAGCACAAAGUUGGCCAGGCCGGAGGAAUUCUACAUAGGUUAGAGCCUGGAGGAUCGGAGUAUAAUUAUGCUUCUGCUUCAAAAGGAGCCAAAGUCCUAGCUUACAAUAAGGAAGCAAAAGGUGCUUCCAACAUCUUGAGCAGAGAUAAGGACAAAUACCUUCGUAAUCCUUGCUCAGCAGAAGAGAAGUUUGUUGUCAUUGAACUGUCUGAAGAAACCCUUGUGGAUACAGUAGAGGUUGCAAAUUUUGAACAUCACUCGUCUAACCUAAAAGAUUUUAAGCUCCUUGGUAGUCCCAUUUAUCCUACAGACACAUGGAUCAAACUUGGAAAUUUUACCGCUGGAAAUGUAAGGCAAGGUCAAACUUUUCUUCUUCCAGAACCAAAAUGGGUAAGAUAUCUCAAAUUGGAUCUUUUGAGCCAUUAUGGUUCAGAGUUCUACUGUACCCUGAGCAUUUUGGAGGUGUACGGAGUUGAUGCUGUUGAAAUUAUGCUUGAGGAUCUGAUCUCUGAACAAGAUAAGUUGUUUGUACCCGAACAAACUAGUAGUGAGGAGAAGCCUGUGCCCACUCAACAUGUUUCUAAUCAAGGUCAAACUUUUCAAAAUGUUGAUGACGAAAUGGAAAAGGAUCAAGCUGUUGGAAAAGCUGAUAUUAAGACAAUUGAUGUCCAUGACCCAGUGGAAGAAAUUCGUCAUCAACAGGUAAAUAGGAUGCCCGGGGACAGUCUGAAGAUACUGAUGAAAAAAGUGCGAUCUCUUGAUAUAAAUUUGUCUGUUUUGGAACGAUAUCUGAAAGAGUUAAAUUCUAGAUAUGGCAAGAUUUUCAAAGACUUCGAUUCCGAAAUGGGAGAAAAAGAUAUUCUUCUUCAAAACAUCAGAUCAGACAUAAGGGGUUUAUCCCGAAGCAAGGAUGCCAUAGGUAAAGAAGUUGUCGACCUAGUAUCAUGGAAAUCCCGCGUUUCCACACAGCUGGAAGACAUUAUCAAGGGAAAUGCUAUUCUCAGGAUGGAGGUGGAAAAGGUUAAAAGGAAUCAGGUACACAUGGAGAACAAAGGAAUUGUUAUUCUUCUUAUAUGUUCAUUUUUUGGAUUAUUGGCUCUUAUCAGGCUACUAGUAGAUACAGUUUUGAGUAAUUAUAGGUCAGAAAAUUCCAGGAAAUUUUGUUCAGAGAGUUACUCCUGGUAUUUCCUACUCUUGAGUUCUACCUUUACUAUUAUAAUCCUUUCCUUGUAAUUUAUGUAAUAUAGCAACGACAGCACCUAUAUACAACAUCAUUCUCAAUA